GAGUUGUUAAAAACAAUCAAAGCUGCAGCAGAAACCAGAAACAGAUAACCACGCCAGCGGUCUCAGUUCGUUUCCUGUACAUAACGUUCAAACUUUGGAAUCUACAAAUCUCUUCAAAACGAUGCACUGAAAAAGCUACCUACCUUUUUCCUCACAGCUCCUUUCUCUCUCUUUCUCUUUCUUGCUUGCUUGCUUUCUUUCUUUCUUUCCUUCUUUCUCAAAUCUCUCAAAGCAACUUCAGAAAUGCUGUCCAGAGUGAACGGCGUCGUCUGGAUGGAUGGGGAUGACGAGGACGCUGUUUCUUGGACCAGAAACAAUGAAGUUGAGCCCAAGGACGAUGACAUGGGGGCCUCUCUUUCAACCUUCAAAUCCAUGCUCGAAGGUGACUGGUACGUCAACAGCAGUAUGAACCCGGCUCACCAAGAUAUCCACGCCAUCCAAAACCACCAUGAUAUCAGAGACAUUGGUUUUUGUUCGAAUCCCUCUGCGGCAACUGAUUCUCUGCUGUUGCAGCCGCUGGACUCCUCCUCUUCGUGUUCUCCCUCACCGGCGUUCACUCUCGACCCCUCACAGUCGCAGCCCUUCUUGCCCCCGAAGUCGUGCUUCUCUUCGCUGCUCAACGUCGUCUGCAGCAACCCUUUUGACAAUGGCUUCGAUUUGGGCUGCGAACCUGGGUUUCUCGCACCGUUACAGGGAAUUCAGAGCUCGAAUUCGCCUGGUUUGAUGGGUUUCACCGGUCUCAGUUCGCAAACUCAGAUGGGAACUCCCGAGCUCAGCUCCAGUUCCGAGUUUCCGAUUUCUCGUUUGUUGCCGGCGUCAGACAGUACUGGAAGCUUAGGCGCUGGUUUUACUCCGACCGGCUUUGAGGGUUUCGAUGGUUCUGGUAACUCCCUUUUCCUCAACAGGUCCAAGGUUUUGAGGCCGCUCGAAGUUUUCCCUCCAGUUGGCGCACAGCCAACUCUUUUUCAGAAGCGAGCAGCGCUUCGACAAAGCUCCAGUGCGAGCGAUAAAUUGGGGAAUUUAGGGUUUUUGGGUUCUAGAAGUAGUGAAGUACAGACGAUGGUGGUUGAUGGGAAUUGGGGAAACAGAGUGGAUGAAGAACUGGAGAAGAAAAGGAAUAAAAAUGAAGAGGAAGAGAUCGACGAGGGGAGCUUCGACGUCUCGGGUUUGAAUUAUGAUUCUGAUGAGCCCACCGUGGAUGAGCUCGCCAAGAACGGUGGAAGUAACUCAAAUGCUAAUAGUACUGUGACUGGUGGAGAUCAGAAAGGGAAGAAGAAGGGGCUUCCGGCCAAAAAUCUUAUGGCUGAGAGGCGGCGGAGGAAGAAGCUUAAUGACAGGCUCUACAUGCUUAGGUCUGUCGUGCCCAAGAUCAGCAAGAUGGAUAGAGCUUCUAUCCUUGGGGAUGCUAUUGAGUACUUGAAGGAGCUUUUGCAAAGGAUCAAUGAUCUCCAUAAUGAACUGGAAUCAACCCCAUCUGGCUCUUUGCUGGCACCAGCUUCUACAAGCUUCCAUCCUUUGACACCCACACCCCCUACCCUUCCCUGCCGUGUCAAAGAAGAGCUAUGCCCUAGCUCAUUGCCAAGUCCUAAAAGUCAACCAGCAAGGGUGGAGGUAAGGGUAAGAGAAGGAAGGGCUGUAAACAUUCAUAUGUUUUGUGCCCGCAGACCAGGUCUCCUGCUCUCCACAAUGAGGGCUCUGGACAACCUUGGAUUGGACAUCCAGCAGGCUGUCAUCAGCUGCUUCAAUGGGUUUGCAUUGGAUGUAUUCAGAGCUGAGCAAUGCAGGGAAGGCCAGGAUGUACUGCCUGAACAAAUCAAAGCAGUACUUCUGGAUUCGGCAGGCUUCCACGGUAUGCUGUAGCUCAAACGCCCGAAAAUGAAACCCGCUUACAGAUGAAGGCACUAACUGUAGUUCUAUACAUCGAGGAGUUCAUAAAUGCAGCCCUCUUCUCAUUUCCCAGUAGUACAGGCUGUGUUCAGGCCAAAUUCAAGUAGGUCAGCAAAUGUUAAAUGAGAAUGGUAGGUUGGAUAAAUUGUCAGCGGGAUAUGUUUUCUUAGUCAUGCUUUAGAAGCAUUGAAAACAGUAUUUUCGUUAGUAAUUCCAGCUUUUAGAAUAAAUUCUCCUUUUGAUUGAUGUUUUUCUUCUA